AUGUCCCAUCCUUUGAUGCCAUCUUAUGAGCUGGCAGAACUCAUUGAGAGAUGCACCUCUACAACCUCGUUGAGGAAAGCCCGCCAAUUGCACGGCCUCAUUCUUACCUCCGUAUCCCUCCUCACAUGCCCACCGCCAUUUCUGUACAACAACAUCCUCUCCAUGUACGCACGAUGUUGUUCUCUCGAAGAUUCUCAACGGGUUUUCGACAAAAUGCCUCACAGAAAUAUUGUAUCCUUUAAUGCGCUCAUCUCGGCCUACUCUCGAAUUCCAAGUCAUGCCACUUCCGCAUUCCGAUUACUUAAAGUUAUGCAAACAGAAGGCCUUAGACCCAAUGGCUCUACCUUCUCCAGCCUACUCCAAGCAUCUUCUUCCCUCCAGGACUUGUUGUUUGGCACCUCACUCCAUACCCAAGUCAUGAAGUCCGGAUUCUUCAAUGAUCUCUGCGUUCAGACGUCUCUACUCGGGAUGUACUCCAAUUGCGGUGUCUUGGAUUUUGCAAACAGAGUCUUCAGACAUCUCAUUAAUAAAGAUGCCAUUGCUUGGAACUCCAUAAUCUUUGGCAAUAUGCAAAACAAUCAAAUCAGACAGGGCCUCCAACUUUUCUGCAGAAUGCGAAGGUCCGGUUCAACUCCAACCCACUUCACAUAUUCGAUGGUCUUGAACGCUUGCAGCAGAUUGCGAGAUCAUAUUAGUGGGAAGCUCAUUCAUGCGCAAGUAAUCAAAUCUGAUCUACCAGCUGAUGUACCUCUGCAAAAUGCCCUGCUUGAUAUGUACUCCACUUGUGCUGACAUCUACUCAGCAUUAUGUGUUUUUAAAAGAAUCAAUGCCCCAGACCUGGUCUCGUGGAAUUCCAUGAUAUCUGGUUACUCGGAGAGUGGAGAUGUCGAGAAGGCUGUGGACCUGUUCAUCCAGUUGCAGCAAAUGUCUCAUGAAAAACCCGAUGAGUAUACAUAUGCAGCCAUUAUUUCUGCUACUGGUGCUUUGCCAGCUUCGGACUAUGGAAAGCCUCUCCAUGGCCUGGUUACAAAAGUUGGAUAUGAGAUAAGCAUCUUUGUGGGAAGUACUCUGGUUUCGAUGUACUUGGGUAAUGGGGAGACAGACUCCGCUCAAAAACUUUUCUAUUCGAUUCCUGAUAAGGACAUCAUCCUGUGGACUGAAAUGAUAAUCGGCCACUCCAGAGUGGGGGAGGGCGAAAGUGCACUUUGGUACUUCCACAAAAUGAGGGAGGAAGGAUACGAGGUUGAUAGCUUUGCUCUAAGCAGUGCUUUGAGCUCAUGUGCUGAUCUUGCAACCCUGCAUCAAGGUGAGAUUAUUCACUCUCUGGCCAUAAAAACAGGGUACGAAUCAGACACGUUUGUCUGUGGAAGUUUGGUGGAUAUGUAUGCGAAAAAUGGUAACCUUCAAGCUGCUCAAUUAAUUUUCUCUAGUAUUUCAGACCCUGAUUUAAAAUGUUGGAACUCGAUGCUUGGAGGGUUAUGCUACCAUGGAAAAGCAGAGGAGGCUUUCAAGCUUUAUGAUGAGAUUUUAAAACAAGGUCUAAGGCCAGAUCAGAUCACUUUUGUUUCUCUGCUCUCAGGUUGCAACCACCGUGGUCUAGUCAAGAUGGGUUGGUUUUUCUGGAACUCCAUGAAAGAAAAUAACAUGGUACCAGAGCUAAAGCAUUACUCAUGCAUGGUCAGCUUGUUGGGUCGGGCAGGAUUAUUACAAGAGGCAAAAGACCUGAUCAGCGAAUCACCUUUUGCCUAUGAUUAUCCAGAGUUGUGGAGAAUCUUGCUAAGUUCAUGCAUUUUGUACAGGAACUUGGAAUUGGGAAUCCAUGCAGCGGAGCAAAUUUUAAGAUUAGGUACAGAAGAUGGAACAACCCAUAUAUUGCUUUCAAAUCUAUAUGCUGCUGCAGGGAGAUGGGAUGCUGUGGCAGAAAUAAGGAAGAAUAUCAGAUUCUUGAUGUUGGAAAAGGAACCUGGACUAAGCUGGAUUGAGAUUAAGAGCAAGAUUAAUAUUUUUUCUUCAUGCAACCAAAUUCACCCUGAGCUUGCUCAGGCAGAAAUGGAAUUGCAAAGAUUAAAGGGGAAUAUGAUAAGAUGGGAACACAAAAUUUGA